AUGUCUCCUCUCUUAUUUGUUUUGGGAAUGGAAUAUCUUUCACGUAUUCUGAAGUGCACUAGUCAAGAUGACUCCUUUAAAUUUCACCCUAGAUGCAAGCCUCUUCAGCUUACUUAUUUGUGCUUUGCUGAUGAUCUUAUACUUUUUGCAAGAGGUGAUUAUACAUCCAUCCAUAUUAUCUUCCAAGGGCUUGAAAUUUUUUUUGAUUCCUCUGGUCUUCAUGCUAAUUCCUCCAAGUCAGCUAUCUAUCUUGCUGGUAUUAGUAAGAAACAUCAAUCAGAUAUUCUUAGCAGGAUCAACUACCUCUUGCUCACCUCAUGGCUUGGUGUUAAUAUUAAAUGUGGCAACAUCUUCUCUAUGAACCCUAGACAAUGGAAGGUGUCGAGGUUCAAGAGGAAGAUCAUCCUUACUUCAGUCUGCAACCUAAUUUAUAUGAUCCGGAAAGCGAGAAAUGAUUGUGUGUGGAAGUUGAAACUUAAAUCUGUUCCAAAGCUUAUUAGUAAUGUUAAAUUUCUUGUAAAACAUCAUAUGCAAAGUUUGUAUCCCUUGUCUGUUGGUAUGCUUGAUUAA